UUUGAUCGCUAGUUUGAUGUUUUAAUUUUUAUAAAGUAUAUAAUUUUAAUCAAACUUUUAAAUACAUGUAUUUUGAAGUAAAUUUCUAAUUGUAAAAAUGUUAACUUUAAUCUUAACAUUAAUUUUAGUGCUUUUAUUUGUGUGUUUUCGCUAUGAUAUCAUCAAAUAUAUACCAAAAAGCCUAAGAUAUAAGUCAAUAAUUGGCGAAAAUGUGGUCAUCACUGGUGCUGGUGGUGGGUUAGGUCGCCUAUUGGCUCUACAGUUUGCUAAAUAUGGAGCAAAUCUGGCGCUUAUAGACAUUAAUAGUUCAGAUUUGAGAGACACAAAACAGUUAAUUGAAAAACAAUAUAAAGUUAAUAUUAAAGAUUAUGUUUGCGAUUUAGCCGACAGACAAGUUGUCUAUAAAACAUCCGAUAAAAUCAAUGAAGAUUUCGGUUUUAUUUCAAUUUUGGUCAACAAUGCGGGAGUUCUCUACGGCAAGACUUUUCUUGAAUUGAAUGAUCAAAAUAUUAUCAAUACAUUCAAUGUUAACGCCAUCAGCAACUUCUGGACAAUCAAAUCAUUUUUGCCAAAUAUGUUAACCAAAAACAGGGGACAUAUUGUUAACAUAGUAUCGAUUUCAGGUUUGUCUGGUGUAGUCAAGCAAAGCGACUACUGUUCCUCAAAAUUUGCUGUUAUUGGACUCACUGAAAGUCUUAGGUAUGAGCUAUUAAAGCGCGAUAACAACCAAAUCAAGACCACCAUUGUUUGUCCAACAUUUUUCGAUACACCACUAGUUUCGGGUGUCAGACCAACCAACCAAAUCACAAUACUUGAUCCCAAUUGUGUGGCCGAACAGGCUAUGGAUGCCGUUCUCUCUAAUAAAGAGAUGAUUGUUGUACCCAAUCAUUUAAAUUUAAUCUUUAUUUUAAAAGCCUUACUUCCGAUUUCAGUAUUUGAUGUCAUCUUUAGAUUUAUUGGUGGAUAUGAUGUUAUGCAACAUUUUAAAGGCAGAAAAUAUUAA